CCUGUGGGGCAGAAAAUGGACCCAGAAAUGAUCCUUAACUGCUCAGGCUUCAGGGCGAGGCUAGGGAUGGAGGAGGGCCUCUCCCUAUCUCCUCCCUUCCCCAGGGUUGCUUUCAGACUACAGCUCCCGGGAUGCAUUGCACCACCCACCACACCCCUCCUCCGCACCACGCACCAUCCACCAUCCCCCACCUCCACAGGCUGACCUGCUGCAGCUGGAGGAGCUAAGGAAGCCGAGCAUGGUGGGGAGGGGAGCGGGUCUGCGACUCUGGAGACAGUUUCCACGGCCUCUCCCCACCAGGCGGCCCUGAAUGGCCAAACGCACCUCUAGUUCCUGCAUGCAGACCUUCCCCCUCUCUGUAGACUUGUUUGCAUCCCUCUCGCUUUUGCCCUCCCCACCCUUGCCUGGGUUCCGGAACGCUACUCUUCAGUCUGGGAUCAGCCCUUCUCGGCACCCCUCUUCAUUAAGGAAAUGCAAUGAACCGGUGCCCUCGCGUCCUCAUCGCCUCCCCGGGCACGGUACCCGUUUGGUGGUGGGGAGGGAGCCCCUCACUGUCCCUUCGUGACGCCCCUCCUUUGGGCCUCCUUCCAGCUGGCGUCCCUGGGCGAUGCCCCAGAGGACCUAGCCAGGAGGUGGGCUUUACAGCGAGGGCUGUGGAAAGGAUAAAGAACCAGGGCUUGGGUGCUUCUGAGAUGCUCACAAGUAUCAAGGGGGACCGAGCGAGGUGCGAGCAACUGGGCGGCAGGCAUGAUGCCCUCGCCCAGUGACUCCAGUCGCUCGCUGACCAGCCGGCCCAGUACCCGGGGCCUUACCCACCUCCGCCUCCACCGACCCUGGCUCCAGGCCCUGCUCACGUUGGGGCUGGCCCAGGUGCUCUUGGGCAUCCUGGUGAUAACCUUCAGCAUGGUGGCCUCCUCUGUCACCACCACCGAGAGCAUCAAGAGGUCCUGCCCAUCUUGGGCUGGGUUCUCGUCCUCUCCCUCCUUGCAGGGCUGGGUGCAUCCUGUGGCAAGGGGCUCACUUAGGUGCUUCCCCUGCCAAGCUGAGCCUGUGCCCACUCUGUCCCUAGCUGGCGUUCUCCGGGUUGGUUGGCAUUGUGUCCUGGAAGCGGCCAUUCACUCUAGUGAUCUCUUUCUUCUCCUUGCUUUCGGUGCUCUGUGUCAUGCUUAGCAUGGCUGGCUCUGUUCUCUCCUGUAAGAAUGCUCAGCUGGCUCGGGACUUCCGAGAGUGCUCCAUGGAAGGGAAGGUCUGUGUAUGCUGCCCACCUAUCCCCCUACACAGACCUUGCCCAGAAUGGGGCCAGGAGCUGAAAGUUGCCCUCAACUCCACCUGUGAUGAAGCCAGAGGGGCCCUCAAGAACCUGCUCUUCAGUGUCUGUGGCCUUACCAUUUGUGCUGCAAUAAUCUGUACCCUCUCUGCUAUUGUCUGCUGUGUCCAGAUCUUCUCCCUGGAUCUGGUGCAUAUGCAGCUUGCCCCUGAACGGUCAGUCUCAGGCCCCCUAGGGCCCCUGGCGUGUACAUCCUCGCCUCCAGCUCCUCUCCUACACACCAUGCUGGACUUGGAGGAAUUUGUCCCGCCUGUGCCCCCACCACCCUACUACCCUCCAGAGUACACCUGCAGUUCAGAGACAGAUGCACAAAGCAUCACGUAUAAUGGCUCCAUGGAUAGCCCAGUGCCCUUGUAUCCUACUGACUGCCCCCCUUCUUACGAGGCCGUCAUGGGGCUGCGAAGAGACAGCCAGGUGAGGAAAGAGCUUGGUGUAGCUGGGAGCAGUGCAUGGAGCCAAGACGGCUGCUUGCAAGGAUACCAGCCUGCUGGCAUCUUUGAUCUGCCCUAGAGCUGCUGAGGCCACUCUGUUUGACCCUCAGCUUCACGAUGGCUCCUGUGUCUGUGAGCGGGUGGCCUCCAUUGUGGACGUGUCCAUGGACAGUGGGUCCCUGGUGUUGUCUGCCAUUGGCGACCUCCCCGGGGGCUCUAGCCCAUCAGAAGACUCAUGCCUGCUGGAACUCCAGGGCUCUGUGCGCUCCGUCGAUUAUGUGCUCUUCCGCUCCAUCCAGCGCAGCCGCGCAGGCUACUGCCUUAGCCUGGACUGCGGCCUCCGGGGUCCCUUUGAAGACAGUCCCUUGCCAAGGCGACCCCCACGGGCUGCCCGCUCCUAUUCCUGCUCAGCCCCUGAAGCCCCACCCCCACUGGGUGCCCCCACAGCUGCUCGCAGUUGCCACCGGUUAGAAGGCUGGCCGCCCUGGGUGGGACCUUGUUUCCCCGAGCUGAGGCGGCGGGUCCCCCGAGGAGGCAGCCGCUCAGCUGCACCCCCUCCUGCCCGAGCACCAGCUCGACGCUUCAGUGAUAGCUCAGGUUCCCUCACCCCACCCGGACACCGACCUCCUCACCGGACACCUCCUCCACCACUGCUGCUGCCCAGGUCUCACAGCGACCCUGGCAUUACCACCUCCAGCGACAUCGCUGACUUCAGGGACCUUUAUACCAAAGUGCUUGAGGAAGAAGCUGCCUCUGUCUCCUCUGCAGACACAGGGCUCUGCUCUGAAGCCUGCCUUUUCCGUCUAGCCCGCUGCCCUUCCCCCAAGUUGCUACGUGCUCGCUCAGCCGAGAAACGCCGCCCAGUGCCCACCUUCCAGAAGGUUCCCCUGCCUUCAGGUCCUACACCUGCCCACUCUCUAGGGGACCUGAAAGGAAGCUGGCCAGGCCGGGGCCUAGUCACUCGUUUCCUCCAGCUGUCUAGGAGGUCUCCAGACCCUACAGGAACUGGAGCCCAUGGAUAUAAGCAAGUGCGCAGGAGCCCAUGGGGGCGACCAGGUCGAGAGAGCCUCCACCUUCGCAGCUGUGGUGAUUUGAGCUCUGGCUCCUCCCUAAGGCGACUCUUGUCUGCCCGCAGGCUAGAGCAUGGCAUCCGCCCACACAGCCUCAGCCUCAAUGGAGGCAGCCGGGAGACUGGGCUCUGAUUUGGGCAUGUUACACUGAACAGAUCAGAGCAAUGCUGGAGCCCAUAAGCAUUAGCUGGUUAGGACCAGCAGCCUUCAGCAGCCCUGUGCACCACUGGCUGGCUCAAAAAGAAAUCCGCUCUAUACUCUCCCAAGGUGUUCCUUUCCUGCCUGCCUUUGAGGGCUCCUGUUGCUUGCCUCUGCCUCUCUGAAGGGCAGAGCUUCUGUCCUGUGCUGCAUGGGUGUGGGAGGAAAUGCCCCCUGCUUACAGCAUUGACAGAGGAAAAUUAGUAACCUCCCCCCCGCAUGAGAGUGCCUCUUUCUGAUAUUCCAGGGCACUGUAUGGGGGCAAAAGCCUGAGUGUUUAAGAACACGGCGAUUUGUGCCUUGCCAAGCGGUGGUAGGGCAGGCAAAAAGAGACAUGAAUCUAGGUGGCUUUUCAGCUUUGCCACCUCUAGCUGCAUGACCUCAGGCAAGUUAUUUAACCUUAAUUGCCUGACCUGUAAAACAUUGUGAACAUGAAUGUUUGUAACACUGAGUAAGCCUUCAAUAAAUUUCCUUUUCUCCCUUCUC